AUGAGAUUCCACUCCACCUCCCUCGGCUCGCCCCACUUCAGAAUGGCCACAAUUUCAGUGUCAGGAACGAGGACGCCACUCUUCACAAUAUCGCAUAUAUUGCAGACCGUCCCAAUCGCCGAACAACUGUCCAUUCUUAAAAUACUUUCUGAGAUGGCAACCACCCUGUCUUCUGGCGGGAUGUUCAACAACCCCAUCAUCCCGGGCUUCAACCCAGAUCCCUCGAUCUGUCGAGUAAAUGAUGACUAUUAUCUGGUUACUUCGACAUUCGAAUACUACCCGGGAAUUCCUGUAUAUCACAGCAAAGAUCUCUUACAAUGGAAGCUCAUCGGCCAUGUCAUUACAAGACAUUCGCAAAUAAACAUGCGAACUACCGAGCCCUCCGGGGGACUAUGGGCGCCAACCAUUCGGCAUAACAAAGGACGCUUCUAUGUAUCCCUUGGCUGCACUCAUCGAUUCCGACCGAAAGAAUGGGAUAUUGUCAUUCCUCGUGGGCUCUAUGUCUCCACAACUAACAUCUGGGACUCAUCUUCAUGGUCGGAUCCCACCUUUUUCGAUGUUCCGGGAAUUGACCAAGAUCUCUUUUUUGACGAUGAUGACAAAGUCUAUUUCUCUGCGGUAAACAUGAUCAUCGAUCCCAAGGUCAAGAAGCAUGGCCUUGGGCUGGCAACCUUCACUGCAGAGAUAGACAUUAACUCUGGCAGAUGUCUUGGGCCUAUCAAGUGGAACAGAUUGUCAGACUUCGGUAUCGGAAUUGCAGAAGGCCCACACAUCUUCAAAAAAGACGGCUACUACUAUUUGAGCACUGCCGAAGGCGGUACCGAUGAAGGUCACCAGCAGUGGAUCAGCCGCAGCACAGUCGGACCAUUUGGGCCAUGGGAGUUAGGCCCUAAAGGAAGUGUCAACCCAGUGAUUUUCAACGGUGACGAUCCUUCAAUCCGCAACACCGGUCACUUGGACUUCAUUGAGACACCGAGUGGGAAAUGGUUCGCAGUGUUUUUGGGAGUCCGGCCUCAGGGCAAAGACUCCGAAUUAAUCUCCCAGCUUGGCCGUGAAACAUUCAUGAGCCCUGUGGAAUGGAUCGAUGGAUGGCCAAUUGUCAACAACCGACAACCUAUCAGCCUUCAAAUGCAGGCAGAAGGUAUGCAACUUCUCACCCAGGCGCAGUCUUGGAGAGAUGAUUUCAACGAGUCGACGCUCCAGCUCGGCUGGUAUCAUUUGCGAACGCCAUUGAAGAAAGAUUACUCUCUAUCCGAGUCCCCAGGCUGCUUGACCAUUUACGGAAAUGCGUACCGCAUCGAUGGCUCCGAAUGUCCAUCCAUGCUUCUCCAGAAGCAGACCGGCUUCUCGGGCGAGUGGAAAACCAGGUUGAGUUUCUUGCCGACAGAAGCUGGUCACGAAGCAGGAACAGCGAUCUGGUGGUCGCAGUUUGCUCAUGCUUCAAUUGGACUAAGGAAACCAUUUGAGGAAGAGAAGGAUGGGCUCGAGAUUGUAGCACGUUGCUAUGACGAGAAAGACGAUGAGUUCAAGGAAUUCAUUCAUCAACUCCCGCUCAAGGAUCAAGCCAUUGAACUCAUCAUCCGCGCACACCCCACAGAAUACGAACUCUGCUUUUCGGUGGUGGAAGAAAAUCAAUCCAUCUCCAGCCCCGUCAAGCUGGGUCAAAUAUCCAGCACAGCAUUGACCCAUCGCCGAUCUGGAAAGGAAUCCCCAAACACCGGCGCUCAUUUUGCUAUCUACGGACAGGGCGCGUAUGAUAAGCCAUGCUUUGACCCCGCGCGUUUCGAAUUUGUAGAGUGGAAUGUGAAGUCCACUCGAGUUUGA